AUGAAGCCCGAGACGUCCGAGAACCCCAACAUGGAAGCCGAUGGCCAAGGCACCCCCCCAACCAACAGUAGUAGUAGUAUUCGCUCCCAUCGCCCCGCCACGAUUCCAUCGAGCCGAUAUGAAAACAUUGACGCGGCGGCCAUCCCACCGCCACCACCGCCGUCGCCGUCGCCGUCACCUUCUGGCCCAACACAAAAACAGGUUGACGAGCUCGUCGCACUCUGUCGCAAAAUCAAUCAACAAACGGCCCCAUACAAGGAAGCUCUGGUGUCGAGGAAAAGCUCGACAAGGGUUAACCGUGCUAUGACUGCCACGCUCGCGUCCUUCGUCUUCGCUGCCGAACUCGUUGUUCUAAGGGCUGAACGAGACGAGUCCAAAAAGAGCAAAAUGGACAAUAAACCCAAACCAUGA